GAGAUAUUCUGUAAUCAAAGAAAUCAACAAAAUGUUAUUACGUAUAGAUAGUUUUUUCUAUUACCAAUUCAAAGAGAUUAUUGAAUGUCGUCAUCAUCGAUGGUAUAAGAUUAAACAUGGUGGUGAAAUAUUAUCAUUAUCAAUAUGGGUACUACGAAUGUUAUCCGGUGUUAUCAGCUAUAAAAUAAGUAAUGGCCACAAUGAUGAUGACGAUGUGGAUCAAAAUCAAUAUUGGCGUAUGGAUCCAUUUUGUUAUUAUCGUUAUGUAUCGAAUCCACGUUUCUUUUUUCAUGCACUAAUGUUUAUAUUAAUGAUAACAUUGUUGGGUAUCGUCGGAAAGAUUACCUUCUUUUUCUGUAGUACAGAUUCACCAACAUUUAGUUCUCCUUAUGAAUAUCUUAUCAUUAAUCUGGAACAAUAUCGUCAAUGUCGUCGACCUCAGCAUGAAAUUGCUACUAUUAAAAGACAAAUAUUCAAGAAAAAUUGGAAUAAAUUAGGUGAAAAUCGAUUCAUACCGAAUAUCGUACGAAAAAUGUUGACUCUGUUAUUGACAAAAUAUCGAAUGAUCAUUGAUAAAGUAACAAUUGAAUUAGAUCCAUAUAAAUGGUCUAAAUUAAAACGGGUCGAUGUCAAACAAACAAUUAUGCCUGAUGAUCGAUUGAAAGUCAUUAAAUUUUUAUCAUUUGUCGAUCCAAUCAUAUGUUUCGUACAUAUUUGUUUGAUUCCACCAGCUUUAUUCAUUAUUAUCGAUUAUAAUGUAAAAAUCAUCACCGCCGUCGAUGAACAUCAUUAUAACAUCAUGUAUCGUCUUCUGUUUGCGAUUGAUUCAAUAAUAUUGGUUCAUAAUAUCAUUGUCGUUAUACAAUGUGCAUUAUUUUUUGUCAUUUUAUCAUCUGGAUGUACAUUAUUGAAUUAUAGUCUAAUAUUACGGAUUAAUCGAUUGCUACAAAAUUUAGCUCAAUAUUGUCGAAGCAUGAAGAAUAACCAUAUGAAACGAAAAUAUCGAUUAUUACCACUACCACAACGGCAGCAAUUAGCACGUAUUUAUCGUGAACAUGGUGAAAUCUGUAAUGAUUAUAUGAAUUCAUAUCGUGAAUUAUGGAGUAAAGCAUUACUGUUCUAUUUGGUAUUGAGUGUACCAUUCGAUGCUAUUGGAUUAUCCGCUUAUUGGUUAGAAAAUCUGAUUUGGAUCGAUCUGGCUACUGUUAAUUUGAUAUUAUCCAUUCAUGCAUUGAUAACAUUUUUUUCACUACUAGAUCUUGCAAAACAAACAAAAGCAAUGCAUCAAACCGGUGAUUACUUUCCAAUCAUUUUAUAUUCAAUUGAUCUGCUACCAUUUAAUGAUUAUUCAUCAUUAUCGUUGAAAUUAAAAAUGGAUGAUCUUUAUGAUCGUUUGAAAUAUGGAAAAAAUAUGGUCCGCGAAUAUCGUUACUUGGAUCCAUUACACAUCAAUUUAUAUUAGAUGUAAGAUAAAUUUUUGUGAUGAAAAUAAAUUUCAAAAAUUUUUCCAUUCAUUUCAUUUCAUUCAAAUAGCUU